AUGGCAGAACCAGAAACACCAAAAAGCUACCUCGAUAUUGGGGGUAGCUUCCUCAAAGACUUACCACGUUCAAUCAAAAGAUAUCCAUACGAAGGAGAGUGUUCCUUCCUCCGGAUCUUCAAUCUAGAACUUGAUCACCGCGAAUCUUCAGGACAUGAGAGAAACGACUUCUUCCUGUUCCAUAUGAAUCGUGAAACGAUUGAAACCCUAUUCAAUUCAGACAACGAACCAACCACCCUUACACGUAACUGUUCCUCUUUUGAUCUCGAUGAGCAACUUGUCCUAAUCAAAAUGCCUUCUUUCGAACAUUCGUCUGCAAGCGGAGCCGUGGAUGACGCAAUUACGGCAACUAUCUCACCAAUGGGGCUAUUUGGCCGCCUACACAAAUACUCUCACGCGACUAUCCAAGCGACAACGAGAGGAAAGCAACCUGACCAUGGCUGGGGCCCUAAAAGGCCACCGCCUGGUUAUCCGAGGAGGCCAUCGGUUGUUCUAGAGGUUGCGUGGUCUGAAUCAGAAUCAAUAUUGAAUUCUGAUAUUCGAUUCUGGUUAAACCCGACCGACGGAAAUGCUAGGAUUUGUCUAACUCUAAGAGUAGACAGACACGAACCAGCAAUCCGUAUUGAGAAGUGGACACCCCAGAAUGGAAGAGUCCAUUGCUCCCAGAUUAUCCGGGUCACUAAAGUGUUAGGUCAGAUAUGUGUCACAAACCACCCUCUCAUCAUACCAUUCGAAGAUUUAUUCCUUCGUCCACCAUCUAUACCUGCUGAGAGAGAUAUCGAAAUCUCACAACAAGCCUUACAAGGAAUUGCAGACACAAUCUGGGAUUUUCAGGAGUUCUAA